UUGAUAAUAGUCAAUGCUAACUAUCUAUUGGCCUUUUUUCUUUGUACGCAGUUCUGCCUACCAGUGAUCACCAAUAAUUUACAUGAAAUUUUAAUGCUUGAACUUCUAAUUAUCAGUAUAACCUAUCUUAUGGCUAUUAAAGAAAAAGAGAAGGCGUUGAUCAUCGUAUUUAAAUAAUUGUGGAAUGAUACGCGUGUUUUGUGGGACAUAAUGAUUCUAGGAGUACUAGUGUUAAUUACACUGGAACGUUUCCCUUGUAAUGGCAUUCCAAUAUCUCAAAAUCGUGAUCUUGAUUUUGUAUCUUCUCGAAAACAGAUGGAUUUGGAAGAAAAUAAUGACACAAAAAUGCAGCUUCUACUAGAUUACCUGAAGUAUGUAGAUUCUGAAGGAUUUGAAAACCGGGAACCAAAACUAGACUUGUUUCAACCUUUGAUAAAUGAUGGAACACAAAUUGUAAGUAACACGGGAAGUAGGCAGUUUGGAGUUGGGAUGAAUUUUCUAUCUGAACCAGGUGAAUCAUUUUACAACGAAUACCCGCUAACAUACGAUAAUGAUGCACUUCAACUGAAUAGUCCUCUGAUCGUAAAUGUUUAUUCGGCGAUUGACAUUAGUUUGGAACCUCACAGUAAUAUACCAUAUCAAAAUAAGGAUAUACAAUCGAAUAAAAAAAUGGAACUUAUAGAUAUAUUAAAUAAUAUCCGGAGCAUAGAGGCUUCUAAGAAGUCUAAUACACCGUUGGAAACCUUUGAAGGAAUAGUGGGUAACAAUGAUCGUUCAGAAUCAAGGUUUGAGAAAAUGAUUGAUGUUGGUCAAGACAGUCACAAACUUGUAACGAACAAGAACAAAAGAUUUGUUAUUAGUUUCAGCGUUCCUCCAUUUAAAUAUCGACGACGUCGUAAAAUCAAGGGAAAACGAAUACGCCGAAUUCUUAGGUACAGACCUUUUAAAAUAGACCCAACAUAUUUCCUUCUUGGAAUCGGAAAAUGAUACAUCUAUUCAAUUUUAUUUUAUUUUUCAUAAAAAGAGGAACAACACGACCUGCAUCUGAAACUUACGAGUAGUGUAAAUGUGACCAAAUUUCUUUUUUGUUUCUGAUUUUGUUUUGCCAAUUUCAUGCACAUACUCAGAAGAGGUUUCUUAUUCUAAAAUAUGAGUAUAUGGAUGACGAGUGGAUUGUACAAACAGGAUAUUCGAUAUAUCUCUGUUCUUUUUCAGCCUGAUUCUAUUGGACAUAUUUUAUAAUUUUUAGACCGUAUAUGGCUCUUCAUCCGGUCAAUAUUUUGAAAACGAGGCAA